AUGGCUAAAAUUGAAGAGAAUAAAUUUUUCAUGAAAAUGGGAGGACUAAGAGAGCUUUCUGUUUCAGCGUGCAAAAGUGCGUGGAGGAUGGGCAGAGAAAACCCUAGAAAAUUCAUUCACGCUGUGAAGGUGGGCAUGGCUUUCACAGUGGUCUCCUUGCUCUAUCUCUUGGACCCGUUGUUCAACGGUAUAGGGGAGAACGCGAUUUGGGCGAUUAUGACGGUGGUUAUGAUGCUUGAAUUCACUGCAGGUUCAACUCUUUAUAGGGGACUGAACCGAGGCGUUGGGACCAUUUUUGGAGGUUUGCUAGCAUAUGUCGUCCAAGAAAUGACCGCAAGCACUGGGGGAGCUUUCCGUGCUGUUUUUAUAGGAGCAUCAGUCUUUGUCGUAGGGUUUGUGGCUACAUACUUGAGAUUCUUCCCGUGCGUAAAGGACAACUACGAUUAUGGCAUGGGAGUCAUUCUAGUAACUUUCAAUCUAAUCAUAGCAUCAAGCUACCGGAUGCCAAGCGCUCUUGGGUUUGCACGACUGCGACUCUACACCAUCGGCAUUGGCUUCAGUGUCUGCCUCGUUAUGAGCCUCAUCAUACUACCAAACUGGUCCGGCAAAGAUCUGCACAAAUCCACUGUCAAAAAACUUGAAACGUUAUCAAAGUCAGUGGAAGGCGUGCAAGUUGAGCGCACCUCCUAUGGAUGGUAUAGCUAG